CGUGAGAGAAGGCAGAGAAGGGGGCGUUCACUGCGCGCAGUAAAGUCUGCCGCCCGCGCGCUCCCUCCGUCACUUCAACACCGCGCAGUUGUACGCGCGUGACAGCAGCUUUCACCCACGCAGCUGGUGGCUUUUCCUUUGGCGUCACCACGAAGAGAAGACGACACGCGUGAGAACUCCACACCGAUUUUUUUUUACUUAACUGGCAGUUUUACCCCUCUUCGCCCCCCUUUCUCUGGAAAAAGCGGACAUUUCCAGCCCCGUGCGGGUGUCCGUGAACGUUUACUUUACGCGACAAGAUCAUGCCGAGUCUGCGACACUCCUACACGGUCACGGUACCGGAGGAACCGGCCGCCUUCCCUCUGGACAAACCGGAGCUGCGGCGCAAGAGCCAGCGGUUCUCCCGGUCCGUGCUGGUGUCCACCUUCAUGGGUCUCAUCAUCAACCAGGCCAAGAACAAGAGUCCUCAGGGUUUGGUGGGGUUAAGAAACUUGGGCAACACGUGUUUCAUGAACUCCAUCCUCCAAUGUCUGAGCAACACUUCAGAGCUGAGGGAUUACUGCCUGAGGAACGUGCACCGCCUGGACGUGAACAACAGGACCAACGCGGCGCUCAUGGAAGAGUUCGCUAAGCUGACCCAGAGUCUGUGGACGUCCGUGAACAUUGAAGCCAUCAGCCCCUCUGACUUCAGGAGUGAGAUCCAGAGAGUCGCUCCAAAGUUCGUCGGCUGCAAUCAGCAGGACGCCCAAGAAUUUCUGCGCUCUCUGUUGGACGGCCUUCACAACGAGGUGAACAGGGUGACGGUCCGUCCGAGGUCGUCUGUCGAGGACUUUGACCAUUACUCAGAUGAGGAGAAAAGCAAGCGAAUGUGGAACCUGUACCUGGCAAGGGAGGACAGUAAAGUUGUGGACCUGUUUGUGGGACAGCUGAAGAGCUCUUUAACGUGCACCGUUUGCGGCUUCCGCUCCACCAUGUUUGACCCGUUUUGGGACCUGUCCAUACCCAUCGCCCAGGAACGACCUGGAGAGGUGACUCUCAAAGACUGCCUGAGACUUUUUACAAAGGAAGAUGUGUUGGACGGAGAGGAGAAACCGACCUGCAACAAAUGCAAAGCCAGGAGAAAAUGCACCAAGAGGUUCAGCAUCCAGAAGUUCCCUCAGAUUCUCGUCAUCCACCUGAAGCGCUUCUCAGACUCCAAUUCCCGCUCCAGCAAACUCUCCACAUUCGUCAACUUUCCUCUGAAAGAACUGGACCUGCGAGAGUUUUCUGCAGACAACAGCGAGCAUCCGGUGUAUAACCUGUAUGCGGUAUCCAACCACACUGGGAACACCUUGGGAGGCCAUUACACCGCGUACUGCAGGAACCCUGCACUGGGGGAGUGGUACAGCUACAAUGACUCCAGGGUGAGCCCCAUUUCCUCCGGCCAGGUACGGACCAGCAACGCCUACGUCCUCUUCUACGAACUGGCCCCCUCCUCACACAGCAAAUACCAGACGUGUCGACUAUGAGACUGCAGAUGAGCAAGAAACCGGACUUUACUGAGCCUCACAGAGAAGACGACCUGUGGAGAAAGAGCUCCAUCUAGUGGAGAGAUUCUUGCCAAAUGAAAGAUGUGGAAGCAGAGGUUGGAGCUGAGUGCUUUGAUUGGAAAACCUGCCUCUCAUGUGGAGUGGGGUAGAACUCCUAAAAAGAUAAAAGAAGUCCUCCAUUUAUGGAAAAGCCAGACUGCUUGUUGCCUAUUGGACAUAGGUUUAUGCCAUCAGGUAUAUUUUUCCCUGGACAUUUUUCUGACAUAAUUUAUUCUAUUUAAUAUCAGCACACAGGAGUGCAUCUAGUAAUUUAACUAAAUGUUUUUGGAUCCACUAUCGGUGGGCAGAUCUUAUGUAUUAAAAAAAAUGUUGUACGUUAUUUAUAAAGAGCAUAGCAGAAGUAUUAUCUGUACUGUUGAAAGUACAAACCAAAGCAGCUAUGGAAAGACGUGUCUCGACUUUUUCCACAUGUGAUCUAUUUGACUUCAGUCAUUUGUUUAUGAAUGAUUAAAAAUUCCUCACUGAUUUCUA